GAUACCAAAUCCAGCUAAGCUAGCAAUAUAGUGAGCGUUUUCACAAAGACAUUUUCAUUAUUCGGUAACAAUAAUAACAGAUGCAGAGAGAGAGAAUAGAGACGGUCUAGAAAUUUGUAUUAUCCCUGAAACUGAACUGUUUAAUUGUGGUUUAAAGAAUAAGAAAAGAGAAAACUGAUCGGAUCACACAAGGAGGAAGCCAUGGAUCCUCUACUUCUUGUCAUUUUAGCACUUUUUGUAGCGUUGAUCUUGACCAUUGGUUUGCUUCUUGUGUACACGGGCAUCUUCCGGGGAGUUGAUGUAAACACUGGCCGACCUCCAAUUGCAAAUGUGCGUGUCGCAUACAAAUUUGCACAGGGACCAUACAGUGAAUGUGGACCAAUGUUUUCGGAGGUUGCCAGCCUUGCUCCAGAUCUGCGAUGCAUUGGCGUGUACUUUGAUGAUCCUCAAAAGGUGGAAUCUCACAACCAGCGUUACAUAGUUGGCUCUAUUCUGAGCGAGGGGACCAAUGAAGUAGAGAAAGAAGUAGAAACUCUAUUUGUUGAGAAAGGUUUUAAACUAACAGACUUCCCAGCUGUAGACCAUGCAGUUAUCAGUUCAUUUCCAUUUAUCUGGACCUUGUCAAGUUAUAUUGCAACUGCUAAAGUAUGGCCCAGAUUAGGAGAAUAUAUAGAGGAACGUAAGCUAUGUGCCCAUCCAGCCAUUGAAGUCUAUUCAGAAGACGAGAUCCAAUACAUGCUACCAUUGUCCAAACAGGAAGAUUUUUAUGUAGAAGAAGCAAGAAAGGCCAAAGAGGAGAUUGCUAAGAGCUUGCAGGAAAGUGAUGGAACGGAUAAUGAGUCUGCUCUGCCGGAAGAUAGUACAAUGAUAUCGGAAGGAAGCGAUGCAAGUGAUGCAAGCAGUGGCAGCGAAAGUUCCUUUGAAGAAUUAUCUCUGAAAGAAGGUGAAAUGGAAGAAGAGCCAAACGCUGCUGCCAAUGAAACGUAAUUUUCUACGAUAAGUACAACCAAUACUUGCUUCGUGACUUGAGUGUGGUUGCAAAUUUAUGUUAUGUGGGUAAAGUAACAGAAAAAUUGAAUAAAGUUUUGCGAGACCAAGAAUGUGUGGAAUCAGAAUGCAUUUUACAAAUUAAUAAGCUAUGAUGCAGUGAGUACUGCAUUGCAUGUCAUACAUAUCAGUUAGCAAUUAUUGUGAAAGGGUGUGGAUACAAGAAUUCAAUAUCAGUAUCACUCUGUUCUGAACAUGUGGUAUCUGAAGGAUAGAAAAGCCUAUUUUGUAUUCAUACUUUUCUUUACUUUAAUUGUGGAGAUACAUGUAUCCCCAUGCUUUAACAAACAAUGCUUAUAGGACUACAUGUAAUGCUCGUUCAUCGAACCGAUGGAAUAUAUAUGAAAUGCUUCACAAUUUAAAGUACUAGAUGCAUGUGGCACAAGAGGAUGCAGUUCAGACAGAAAAGUCUGAAUUAUACGAACAUGUAACAAUGCAAUAUGAUGAAGAUCUAAUGUGCACAAUAAGGCCUUAAAUAUGCUAUGAAAGUCAUUGGACUACCAUUAUUAAAAGCCAUACAAAAACAUCAUUUUUCUCAUUAUUGACAUGAUUUGACACUUGAAUUAUUCAUAACUAUCUAAAAUCCUUACUGAAGGACAAAUCCAGCCCAACAAAAAGUUGAUUUGAAUUAAGUAAAAAAAAAUUCCAACAAGCAUAACACUGAAAUUCUAAUCAAAAUUGGAUAUAAAUGUAAAAAAAUUAUGCCAUUUUAAAGUUUCGAUAAAUUUCACAAAUCAGUUAUAUGCACACCCUGGAUGGUAUGCAAGAGGAGACUGAUGACAUCAUCCGCUCACUAUUUCUUUUGUAUUUUAGUAUAUGAAAUAUAGAAUAUUCUAAUUUUCUCCUCAUUGUCAAGUGAAGCAACGACUAAUUCCUCCCUGAACAUGUGGAAUUAUACUAAUACUAUAUGGUUCAGUCAAGUUGGUCCUCAUUGUCAAAUCUGUAAAAAAUUAAACAUUGUACAGUAUAAUUCAAACAAUAAAAAAAAAAAUAGUGAGGGACAUCAUCGACUGUCUAAUUUGCAUGAUGUCACUGAGUUGUGCAUAUCAUUGUUUUGUGAGAAAUAAGUAAAACUUUAAAAAAUGUCAUCAUAACUUUCUUAUUUUACAUCCAAUUUUGAUGAAAAUGUCAGCGUUAUGCUAGUUUGAUUUUUCUCUAUUUAUUCAAAUCCACAUCUUUCUGGGGUGGACUUGACCUUUAAGUAGAUUUCUUAAUCAUAACAGUAUGAGAAAAAUGAAAUAGUAAACAUAAGAAUUAAGAAAUACAAUAUCAACUAAAUUUUAACAUGUUUUGCUUCCCAUAAUUUUAGCACAAAGACCAUGGUCCAAGUUGAACUGGACGUCAGAAUACGGGCCAUAAUGUUAUAUGAACUGGAAAGUCUAAUAUUUAAAAAAUGUACUUACCGUUCACGCUUUUACAUCCAGUAGUUUUGUAUUAGUUUCAAAACAGUGUAUGACAUUUUUAUUUGUUGAUUUAUUUAUUGUUUACAUCUACCUCCAUACAUUUUGUUUUGGCUUUUGUGGAUUGGGGGCAUUUUCUACAAUUUUCAGUGAGAUUCAGUAUGGUUAAUUGUGCACAUUUUACUUUUUUCAAGAAAGCACUGUACCUGUACAGCACUUUUAUAAUGAUUUUCAAAAGGUCUAUUUACUUUGGUGACAUUUAAUUGUAGCAAGAAUUUAUUUUUUGAUUGCCUCACAACAUAAGUUGCCAUGUUCAUAUGUUCUAUCAAAAUCGUAUUGUAUGCUUCAUAAGUUUGUUUGGAAUUGCAUCAAACUUCAGGUAUAAAGUGCAGUAAGAUGUGAAAAGUUGAUUAUCUAAACGUAUAGAUCUAUUUUUUUUCAAAUCUAUUUUCAAGUAUAUUUACUUUUUUGAGAAGAUAGAAAACAAGAUGUUGAAGAUUAAAAUAAUUAUGUAGUUCUAAUACUUACAAUUAAAACCAAAAUGAAAUAGUAUGAAAUAUUUUAUUUUGAAGGUAAAGAAGGCUGAACAAGCAGAUUGUGAAAACUUUGAAAGAAAAAAGAAAUAGGUGUUUGCAAGAUUCGUGAACAAGAAAGCUGAAAACUGUUUAGUUUUGAUUGGAAACGAUGUCUAAAUUUCCUUUGUUUUCUCUUGGCAGAGCAUCUCUUCUUUUUGCAAACUGUAUUGGAUCAAUUACAGACAAAUGCCAAAGUUGGAUGAACAUCAGGGUGCUACAUAAGCACUUGCCCGAUUGCCCAGGGCAAGUUAAAGUUAGAGUCGGGCAAGUGUUUUGAAGUAAAGACC